AUGGAGAACAAUGGUAGACGUACUCUAGCGGAUCACACCACUGUUGUUGGUCCUCAUCACUUUAAUAUCAUUGCAAGGCUGAGGGUUAAUGCUGGAAACAUGGAGGUGAAACCGGCGUUGAUACAAUUGGUGAAGAGCAACCCAUUCAAUGAACUGUCUCAUGAAAGUCCAUAUGAACAUCUGACCACAUUCAAUGAGAUUUGCAACAUUGUGAAGAUCAAUGGUGUACCUGAUGAGGCUAUUAAACUUAGCCUGUUUCCUUUCUCAUUGGGAGGCAACACUAAGCUAUGGUUGAAGUUUGUCGUUGAAGAUAGCUUUACUGAAUAG